AUGAAUGAGACGACGUGCUUUAGUCAAGAAGCUGGAAGGGUUGGAAUCACGGUGGUAUUCUGUUUGCAACUUGUUGUUUCGUUGGUUGGAAAUAGUUUUAUCGCAAUAGUUGUCUACAAGACGAAAUCCCUGAGAAAACCCAUUAACUUUUUAAUCGUAAACGUGGCUAUGUCUGAUCUGCUCUUUCCGAUUUUCCUUAUUCCUGAGGAGUUGAUUGUUUUAUACAACGGUCCCUGGCUGACAAGCGGUCCUCUUGGCCAAUCCCUGUGCUCGUUGGUCUUCUUUUCAGUAAAGAUCUCCGUUGCUGUAUCAGUCCAAAGCCUGGUGCUGAUCGCCGUGGAUAGAUUUGGGGCUGUGGUAUUUCCCCAAUGUGCCCCACUCAUCAGUUCCAAGAAGUGCCAGUUCGUCAUUCCCGCCACUUGGAUCUUGGCCGUUACUUUCCUUGGCCCCUCUUGGAAACUUGUCAGUCAUCCAGAUAGGCCAAUGUGUGCGGAACAAAGAAACAACUCUUUUGAAGUGCCCUCGUCCUAUAGAAACCUCGUUAUGGCUAUGGAUGUGCUAUUCCUGGAUGCCCCAUUGAUAUUGAUCUGCAUAAUUUACCUAGUUAUUGCUUUUAAAAUAAAAUCCCAGAAGAUUCUAAUCGAGCAAUCAGCCAACGCGAGGGGACAACGUUUACAAAGAGAGCAAAAUGUUUUGAAGAUGUCCAUUGCUAUCAUGUUAGGGUUCGCGGUGUGCUGGCUGCCAUAUAGUAUCGUCGUCCUCUAUCCGUUAGACAUAAAAGCAUCUUGUGGCAUCCAAUAUUUCACAGGUUUUGCUUUCAUUCUGGCCAACUCAUAUUGCGCCAUAAACCCAUUCAUCUGUUUCGUUUUCUGUGGAAAUUACCGACGAGGUCUUAAACGGCUCUUCAGUUGCUUCUAUGUUGGUCAGAGGGUCGAUGAAAUUGCAUCUUAG